GGAGACCGUCGUGCUGGAUCAACAAGCUGACCAUAGGAGGUUCUAGCUGCCGAGUCUUAAGAUGCACCGGUCUAUUUGCCCGUCACGGGGUGGAGAGAUGAUGUCGAUCAGACGCUUUUCUGCUGGAAACCAGAAACAUGGCGUGACUGUCGAGAAGACUGCACACUUGUCAAGAACUUGCUCUCUCCUAGUUUUAAAUGACUCGGUUGCUUGUCCAACGAUUAUCAUAUUCUUCGAUACUCUCACAUUCGAUACGGUUCAGCAACGAACACUAUAUUGGCUUGCUAACUGCACGCGCCCGGAAUUCACAAUCGAAGCUUAUUGCUACUUGAUACAACCCGACUACUGGACCUACAAUCCAGCGAGAGCCACAAUCCGAACAUAUGAUACCGAUGACAACAUCCAAUCAUGAUCUUAAUACAGCCUCCUUCCUCAAACUUCCAGUAGAACUCCGCCUCAAAAUCUAUGAAUACGCCCUCGCCGUACCCAACAACUACAUAAACCAGCCAUUAAUCGUCAUCAACGACCGCGGCAACGUCUUCACAGCCCGUAAUCGCUACAGAGCCCUCUCAAUGUGUCCCAGCUGGGUAGGCGAAGACGGCACAGCACGCAAACUCCUCGCGGUGAACCAUCAAAUUCACGACGAAGCUGAGGACUAUCUCUACUCUCAUCACACGCUGUUCUUCCGAAACUCCUUUGAUCUAGAUCGGUUAGGUGAUUUCAUCGAUUCACUUAGUCCAACGGCAUGUCGGCGGAUCCGCAGUGUUGGCUUUGAGGUGUUCUUCUUCGUGCAUACGCAGAUGGGUGUACCGAAACGUACACUUAAGCAGUAUGAGAGUGCUGCGAGGCUGCUGUCUGUGAAAUUACCGGAGUGGAGAAAUGUCUUGUUCUAUCUGGAUCCGCAGUUCUAUUAUCCUGCUGCUUCGGUGGGAGGUCGGGCGCGUGCAGUGCGAGGCGUGUUGGAUCUAGUGGCGAAGUUUGUUCCCUUGUGUAGAGAUGUUACUUUCUACCCGUUGCCAGCGAGUGAUGGUCUUCUCCUGUGGGAGGCGCAGCAGCUUCUCUGGUGUACCAGUUCACUUGGAAAGCCCGUGUCCGGAGAGGAUAUGCCAUUGAUGAAUGAGAAGGACUCUGCUCUUGAGAUGCUCAAGAGGGAUCGGGCUAUAGGGCGAUCGGAACUUCCAGAGUAUGCACGAGCUUCACAUCCGCAGCGAUCGAUUGCAUCGUGGACUUGGUAGAUGGCUUAGGAAUCACGCCUCAUGUUUAUUCAAAGUACAGUAUGCUUCACAACAUUAAUUUUGAGUUUCGGUCGUUGAGAUUUGGUCGGCAUGAAGCAUCACAGUCAAAUAUCAAAAGUCUCAAGCAGCAAAUAAUCACUGCUAUCUUCCCCGACUUCCUCUUCUCUCAGAAAAAUCUUAAGCCCUA